AAUCCGGACACAAUGCACUGCCAUUUGAGUCCCAACGCCAUAGGCAUCAAGCUGCUGUUCCUAAUCAUCGCUGCGGAAGCUACCCGGGGACCGAACAAGCUCCAACGGGACGUCCCGGACACUUUCAAGAUAUUUCAAGCCUUCGCCAAUCCAAUUGCGGCACUAGACAUCGACAACGACACUAUUCUCGAGUGCCUCUCCGCGCGCAGAGCAGAGAUGGAUCCUGAGACACGGACUGCUACUUACGUUUGGUCACUGACCGGAGACGACGGCAAAGAGAGAAAGCACGUUCCUUUUUACCACAUGCCAGGAGAUACACCCGAUGUCACGCUGUUCACCGUCGGCUCAAAAAGCGCUCCCGUUGAAGUCGGUCGCUUCCUCUACACGGACUACAAGGACUGCGCAGUCCUAGAAGUUCUUCACUUCGGAGACCAAUGCACACUUUGGGUCUCAGAAGCCGUGUUGAACUCCAUUCCCGCCGGCUGUCUGGAGCAGUACGCCGACGUAUGUGGCGAAGGAGCCUCAGUUUACGACAUGGAUGUAUGCAAGGACGCCUACAACUAGGUAUAGGUGCCCAGUGGCCGUAGCGACCACGGGCGUGCGCGAAAAGGCGGUUCUUCAAUGCACCCAUUGCAUGAACUCCGCGCACCCGCAUCAGCCCUAGUACGAUACCCCAUGCCGCUAGAUACAGAAACGUUUGGCUACGUCAAUAAACACAGUAUA